CAAUAUAUUAUGAUACAAUACAUAACUACCCGCCGCGUCAAAUAAAGUAUCAGUUGCGGCAAAAUGUAUACUCCUGUCCUAUAGUAACUUAUAUACCAAAAAUACUACAAGGUCAGUAAUAUCGUUUUGUUUACAAAUUUGUGCCGACCACCUGCUCGACGAAAUGCUCAGCCGGAGUUAUUGCAUGUUCUCGGCGACUUAUGAGUCCUUUACUUGGUCUUCAUGUACAUAUUCUAUCUCCCAGGCUAGUAGUGCCAGUAUAGCUUCUUCUGUAACAUCUUUAAGUUUUGGAAGAAGAAAGGGGAGAGUUGUUUUCAUGGCUGUAUCCAAUAACAGAGCUAACCAUAGAAAACUUCCAAAGAACCUUAGAAAUCCUCGACGACCCAAGCUCCCACCAGAUAUGGACUAUAGUUUUAAAAGGGUUUUGUAUGAGGGAGUUGUAAGUGAGGCUUGUUCUGAUGGAAUUGAUGAAGAAUUGGAGAUGGGGGUAGAAAAAGGAAGGAUGUGUGAUGAUGAUGAUGAGGGAAUUAUAUGGGAGUCAGAUGAGAUGGAAGCAAUUUCAUCUCUUUUUAAAGGGAGGAUCCCUCAGAAGCCUGGAAAAUUGGAUAGAGAGAGGCCUCUACCUCUGCCACUUCCUUACAAGAUUCGACCUUUAGGACUUCCUACACAAAAGGGAUUCACAAAUCGUUCGAGGCAAUCCAUAUCAACGCAAGUGUAUAAGAAUCCUACUUUCUUGAUUGGUUUGGCGAAAGAAAUACAAGGCCUUUCAACUGAGGAAAAUGUAUCAAAGGUUCUCAGUAAAUGGAGUCCAUUUCUUAGGAAGGGAUCGUUGUCGUUGACAAUCCGAGAGUUGGGUUACUUGGGGCUUCCGGAGAGAGCUCUGGAAACAUUCUGUUGGGUGAAGAAACAACCCCAUCUUUUCCCAGAUGAUCAUAUUCUUGGUUCUACCAUUGAAGUUUUGGCGGGGUCAAAUGAGUUGAAAGUGCCAUUUGAUUUGGACAAGUUCACUGGCUUGGCUAGUCGGGGUGUGUAUGAAGCAAUGUUAAGGGGUUAUAUUAAAGGAGGGAGCCUGAAGCUUGCUUUGAAGCUACUUUCAAUGGCUAAGGAAUCUAACAGAGUGCUUGAUACUGGGGUGUAUGCUAAGCUAAUCUUAGAGCUUGGUAAGGAUCCUGAUAAAAGCAGACUUGUUUUGGUAUUAUUAGAGGAGCUUGCUGUGAGAGAUGAUCUGAAUUUGACACCACAGGACUGUACAGCUAUCAUGAAGAUUUGCAUUAGGCUGGGAAGAUUUGAGAUCGUGGAGGGACUAUAUGACUGGUUCAGGAAAUCUGGUGGUAAUCCAAGUGUAGUUAUGUAUACUACUCUGAUUCACUGUCGUUAUUCAGCGAACAAAUAUAGGGAAGCAAUAGACAUGCUAUGGGAAAUGGAGGCUUCAAAUUGCCUUUUUGAUCUUCCAGCUUAUCGUGUAGUGAUUAAGCUUUUUGUUGCUUUGAACGAUCUCUCAAGGGCUGUACGCUAUUUCUCUAAACUUAAGGAAGCAGGUUUUAGUCCAACUUUUGACAUAUACUGCAGCUUGAUCAAAGUUUAUAUGGCUUCUGGAAGGGUGGCUAAGUGCAAGGAUAUCUGCAAGGAGGCAGAGAUGGCUGGAUUCAGGUUUGACGAAAAUACAUUGUUAAAGUUGCAACAAUAAAACUUGUUGCAUCUUAUGAUGUAUUUUCAUGUAAUUUAGAGUUCCUGUUGUUUAAAUCCAUACCUUAAUCCCACCCCUCUCCUCACUUGCAUAGUAACUAGUGGCAUCCCUAGGUUCUUGUAACUUUUCCUUUUUCCACCAUUAGGUAUCUUAUAAUGAUGUUGCAAUAGAACUUAUGAAAAGUGGACAAGAAAAAGCAGUAUCAUUUGUUCAUAA